CGACUCGUGCGCAUCGCUUCACCUUGCGCUCAUUCGCUUUUUGCCUACCUUUCGACUUGCGCGCAGCCUCCACCAUUGUUCGCUUACACGCAUUUCUCUCGUGGGAACCAUCGACUUUUUCGUGCUUUAACCGCAAGUCUGUACAUCUUCAACGUCUACGUUACUGAUAACACGUGGGUAUACCCAGUGGGGCAUGAAGGCUUGCGAUAUGAGUACUGAGGAAUGUAACUAUGUAAGGUGACGUCUGGAUUUGUGAACAGGUGUAAAGUGAUGAACACAGAAAUUGAGUGAUUGAUUUCAUAUAAUUGGAGAUAAUGGCGGUGCUAUCGGCAGUUCCAGUGUUACUAGUCGCCAUAUUUGUAAGAUGCAACUGCGAACCAACAAUUGAUAACACGUACCAUAACAGAAACGAAGCAUCACAGUUUGGAGAAUUAUUGAGGCCGCCUCCACCUCCGCCCAUACCGAUUCUUCCCGUGCCAUUUCAUGGAGGAGCAGGACGGUCGCAGCAUCAAAACGUAGACAUCGGCUACCAGUAUCAAGUACCUCCACCGCCUCAACCUCCUUUACCCCCUAUUUCUCUACCUAGUGAUUUUAAGUUUCCAGCACCAUUUUAUAAGCAAUAUAAUUUCAAUUUUGUUCCUCCCCCACACCCUUUUACAACUACUCCAUCGCCAACUAUUUUCCAAAAAGUAUCACAGUGGCUCUUUCCCUCGCAGCAGACUGCCGAUGACGCAAAUAUUGGCUCAUCUAUUAACAAUUAUAAUAUACCUCAAGUUCAAAAAAAUUGCAAUCCUUGUAAUUUAGCCCCAUGGAUACCCGUUAUAAGAUAUGACUUAGCAGCGACAAAUCAAAGAGAAAAAAUUAAACAAACAUAUGGGUCACCCAUUCCAACCGCUUCCUCUAAUGUGUAUAAUACAAUUCAAAAUGUUCCUCAAAGAUUUAACAAGCAGACGUCCAAUCAGGCAUCAUAUACUACAGAUGGCUCGCAUGCUACCUAUGGGCUUCCUCAACAGACAUUCAAAGAAAGCUUCAGUGCUGCAAGCUCGACUUAUGGGCCGCCAAGCCCAACUCACACUGUUACAAUACCACAUGAAUCUUCAUUAAGUACACAUUCUCUUUCAAGUAAUAAUCCGUUUGUAACAUCUUCGUAUGAAGUAUUUAGUAAUUCGUAUGGUUCUAGUUCGUCUAUUCGAAAUCCGAAUUCAUCAUAUGGUGUACCCAGUUCAUCUUAUAUUUCAAGCUCUUCGAUGUAUGUAACACAGCAACCUUUUACUUCUACGUCAAGUAUUUCUAACUAUCAGAUAAAUAAUCAACUGCCGGAUCAUACCAAUUAUAUCACUACAGUCAAACCAUCGAGCGAAUUUGAAUUACCUAAAGUGGAAUCGCCUACCGGUUUUAAAAACUCAUAUGGAGAACCGAUAGUAAAUACUUAUGCUUUGGAUAUUCCAUAUUCGGUCACUGGUGCUGAAUCGUUAAAAAUUAAAACAGAAGUUUUACCGGAUAGCAAGCCUAUUUCCCCAAAUACAAAUAACACGUUAGCUCUAGCAAAUCCAGCACCCUUUAGCUUGAAUAGAGGAAGGAACAUACAUACUCUGCAACCCGUUGCUUUACCUAAUUUAAGUGUGUCACCAUUGCCACCUAUAUUUAAUGCACGGCCAUUUAAACGUUUACCACUCAAUCAUUUAACUAAUAAUGGAAAAGAAAUAAGUAACAUCGAUCAACAUUUAAAUAACGUAAACAUUGCUAAAAGUAUACCAAUAGCUGAAUUCGUACAUUCCAUUGAAUAUCCACAUACUGUUAUUCAGUCACCUAUUAUUGAUAUUGAUAUUACUAAAACUAAUCAGACAAAAUCGUAUAGAAAUAUUCCAAAUAGUUUUGUUGUCGACGAUAAUCAUGAUAUUACUCCACAAGCUUCGGAAGACCACGUUUCAGCAUCAAAGACUAAUGAUGAUUCUAGUUUUGAAAGUACUGGAGUUGACUAUGCAAAUGAUUUAUAUGAUACCAUACUGCCAUCAGAAUUAAAACAACAAUUCAGUGUUCCAUCUAAUCACAGACCAGUGUUUGCUGAUUUAAGAGGAUUAAAAGAUGAAGACAUUGAUAAAUACCGUACGGAGAGUAAUUUACAGCACAUUGAUUCACCAUUACUAUAUCUUAAGCCUAGCGCUCCACACAAAAAUUUUGCUAGCUUUAUUACUCCUUCUACUCCUAAAAAUAAAAAGGAAUACGAAAUAUAUGAUGAAAUCCCAACUACGGAAACACCACAAGAUUCUACGUUAACAAGUGCUUGGGAUGAAAGUAGGAAUUAUUUUUCACAAGAAAUCUCACCUGCAAAAAAGGAACAAAAUAUUAACCGGUCCAAAGUUGUUCAAAUAAUUGUUCCAUAUACAAGUGGGCACCAAGGCAAUGAUAAAUACUAUGACCUUAAAGAUUGGCCGGUGGCUCUAGAAAAAGAAGCCCAGCCUAGAAAGGUGCAAAGUAAUACCGAAUCAAAUAUUUUGAAUACAAAUACAGAAAAUUACGAAAGUUUUAUGUCAACUACUGAACAGCCAACAUCUACUGUGACAGAGCAUUAUAUUUCGGAUCCCUUAAAUACGCCUCCUGUUAAUGACUUAUAUGAUGUUAAAGAACCUCCAUUCGAUAUUAUAAAAUUGCAACAUACAAUUGAUGAUUGGACUCAACAAGAAUAUUCUAAAGAAUUCAGGACUCCGGAAAAAUCUAGGUCCGGUGAAAAGUACGCGAAACAAAUUCCUGACGAAUUUUUGACGACACUAAGCCCGAUUACGAGCUUGCCUACAGAAGCUAAUACUUUUAAUUACGACAUUUAUGAUCACGAAGGUUCAAGUAGCAUACAAUACGUGGUCAGGGAAAAUAAGAGUAGCAGCAUAUUACCGAAGCCAUUUAAGCAAUACAAUACAAUUGAACGCUCUAAAUUAAAUCAUCAAAGUGAGAAAACCAAAUUAUCAUAUGAAGAUUACAAACCUCAUAUAUACACCGCUGCAUCAAAGUUUAGGAAGGUUACAACCACUCCUCCACCUUGGGGUUAUAUACAAACAUCUAUUUCUCCUUUAACGAAAGAAAAAGUAUAUGUUGUAACAUCUAAACCAUGGCGGGAAAAAUCAAAUUCUUCAAAUGAGUAUGAAUACAACAAGAAAAUAGAAUCUCAAUCAUAUAGCAGUGAAGAAUCCUAUGAUAAACUACCAUUUAAAUCACCCCGAUUCUCCAAUCGUCCUGCUAUUGGAGAACAAACAUAUCUCUUUUCAAAAGGAUGGCAUCAAACAAUUAACAACUUGGAGAACAGAAUGUUUACUGAAAACUCUUCAUUUGAAGGCAAUCCUAUUGAAAAUGAGGAGGAAGAAGAACCCAAAAACGUAGAGUCCCGUAGAUAAUGGAUUUACAGAAUGUGAAGACUUGUAUGUGAUAGUGGCAUUAACAAUUGUUCUAUUGAAACUGUGAAGUGACCUUAUGGAUUUUAUACAGUUAAAGUGCAGCUUUACCAUAGAUAAGCGCCCUUUUAGCCUAAACUGUCAGAUAAGUCCAAAGUAGUCUAAUGUAGAAUGUAAUGUAUCUAUAAAAUCUUUUACAAACUUGUAGUGUAUUUACGUAAUAAGCGUUGUAAAAGGUAAUAUACUUCCUGUAAGAUUAAAAUUUACACGGUCUGAAGAUUAUAAAAAUUAAUUCAAAUAUAUAUAUUUUUGUAUAUAUUUGCAUUGAUUAUAAAUACCGACAAUUGAUUGUAUCUUCGUUUUGCGUAAAAUAAAAACUAUAGUGUCAUGUAAAGUUUUGUAGCUUAGUAGAGUUUAAAGGUUAAGUGUGUAAUAAGAUUUUUAUAAGAGCCAUUGCUUUGAAUAAUGUGAUUUGCAUUUGGAAAUCCUGUCAUAAUUCCAUAUUGCAGAUCAAAUUAUAAUAAUUAUUUAACGUUAAAUUUGGUGUAUGAAUCAAAUUUGAAACGAGAAGUUAUUUAAACAAAUUUAUUAUUUCUAUAAUUAGUUGUAUUUACAAUAUUAUUUCAUAACUUUGUACAUAAUAACUUUUGUAAAUAACUACCUAGUACAAUUUAUUAUUAAGUUGUAGAGACUUAUAUUACAAUAAGUAUUAAGUGAUAAAUAAAUAUUACGUAUUACAAUAUUGUGAAUGACUUUUCAAUAUGUUUGUACAUUAAUUUAAGCAUAUACAGAGACUUGUAAAUUUAUAUCAUAGCAAUUAUACGAACGAAAGUUGCUCAUUCAUUUG